CCUCCCGGCGCCGCCCCCCCGGCCCCGCCAUGGCGGCCCCGCGCCGCGCCUGGCUCGUGUUCGGCUUCAGCGCCGAGGAGGCGGCGGGGGAGCCGGCGCCGGGGCCGGGGCCGCGCCGCCUGGAGUCGGGCCCCGAGGGGAUCCGCCGCGUGUGGCCCGCCUGGAGCUACGCCGUGCUGGAGACCGGCGCGGGGCUGGAGGUGCGCGGCGCGGGGCUGCGGCGGCGGCUGCCGGCGGGGUGCGCGGAGGCGCUGCCGUCCGAGACGCACGUGCUGCUGCGGCGGGGGGCGGCGGCCGAGGCCUGGCCCCGGGCGGCGGCGCUGAGGGGGGAGCUGCGGGGGGCCCCCGCCUGGCGCCGGGCCCUGCCGCCGGGGCCCCGCCGCCCCCCGCUGCCGCUGCUGCCCGGCGGCUUCGCGGCGCCCCGGCCGCCCUUCUUCACCGAGCUGCCCGCGGCGCCGCCGCUCCGGGCCCUGGCCCUGGGCCACGAGCACGUCCUGGCGCUCGGGGCCGCCGGCGAGAUCUACGGCUGGGGCGGCGGCAGGCACGGGCAGCUCGGCCACGGGGGCCUGGAGUCGGAGCAGCAGCCGCGGCUGGUGGAGGCCCUGGCCGGCGUGCCCAUGCGGGCGGUGGCGGCGGGCGGGUGGCACUCGGCCAGCGUCAGCGAGGGGGGGGACCUCUACAUGUGGGGCUGGAACGAGUCUGGCCAGCUGGCGCUGCCCUCCAAAGCGGUGGCGGAAGAGCAGGUGCAGGACGAGGACGCAGGCGCAGGGGCUGCGGAGCCGCCGCCCCCCCGGGAGCAGCCGGGCGCCGCGUUCAUUUCCAUCCAGGCGUUCCCGGCCCUGCUGGACCUGCCCCAGGACGUGGAGGUUGCUGCCGUCAGCUGCGGGUCCCGGCACACGGCCGCAGUUACACGAGCCGGGGAGCUCUACACCUGGGGCUGGGGUAAAUACGGGCAGCUGGGCCAUGGGGACAGCACCAGCUCUGACCGGCCCCGGCGCGUGGAGCACCUGGUGGCAGAGGGGCUUCAGGCCCAGGAGGUGGUGUGCGGGCCCUGGAACACCUACGUGUGCGUCCUGGAGCAGUGAGGGGCCCAAGGCUGUCCCACCACCCUCGCUGGGGGCAUGCAGCAAAGGGAGACACAGGAAGGCUCCGCUCCUGCCCCCCCGAGCAGCCCUCAGCAGGGUCUGGGCAGACACUGCGGGUGGGUUCCCCCCACCGGGACCCCAGCUCAGGCAGAGGAGCUGUGCUGCUGCCUCAGGCAGCCAGGGCUGGGGUUGCGCUAGUGAUAAAGACAGGGCCAGAGUACAUGGAUUUAUUAAAUCUCCUCUUUUUGUAACAGCUGUGGUAGUGCUUUUUGUUGCACACAGAUACAGGGGCCCAGCUGCUCCAGCCCCUAGGGGCACAGGUGAGGUUUAAAGAAAGAAGGCAGGGGCUGAAGAGCCAGGCCCAACCUUCUCCUCCUCCCCGCCGCCAGGGUCACACUGGAGGAGCCUUUGGUCACCCCAACAAACACACAGACAGCAGUGGCUAUAUACAUGUAUAUGCAUUAUUCCCAUAAACAGUAUAUACAGAGUUACAGAGCAAGGGAACAGAACCUGGGGAAUAAAUAACAGCAAGUGGGGGAGUGUAGUGAUAACAAGGUGCAAAUUAGUUCUGAUCAGGGACAGACACACACAUACAGAGCUUCAUUAACAAAGGUGCAAACGAGACCCCCAGCACGUCGUACCGCCAAAGCAUGCGCUGUUCUCCCCAGGAGCAGCAGGCGAGAAAGGGCAGGCGCUGGGGUGCACGUGGCGGGGGCGGGAACAGGCAGCCCCCCUCGCUGGAGACUUGGGGGUAGGCAGAGAACAGGGGAAUCGACCACCUGAGCUCUUCUCCAGGGGGCAGCUGCAGUCCCUGGUGUGGGGGAGCUGAGACCCUCGGCCACAAGCCCAGGCUGCAGCAGCAGCAUGAGCCCAGCCCUCUGGGGCCCAGGGAGGCUGCUCAGAGGAACCUCAGCGAAAGCAAGCCCUAGCUAAGCAUGCCUGCUGUGCUGUUAAGGAAGAGCCUGGUAGAUAAUACCUACAGCAAUAUGGAAGGUUU